CUCUGAGCUCGACGUUCGUCGAGCAGAUUCCUCCUCUUCUCGUCUCCAAUUGGUGGGACGAUAUCAACAACAACACUGUUUGGCAGAACGCCGUCUACUUCUCUCUCUGCGGUUGCUAUGCACUCGUCUCCACCGCUGCUCUGGUCACCCCCCGCUCCUUUCCUAUACUGCUGAUCUACUGUCACUGCAGUUUCCGCUUAUCUUCUUUCUCGUGUGAUUCUUAUGUGAUUAAUUGCUUAAGCUCUUUCAGAAAAAUGAUUUUGUGUCCACAUUCUGAUUUUCGAUUGCGCUUUCUGAAUCAAUUUAUUUUAUAGCUUGGAGUUUCGAUUCUUUUUCCCAGCAAAUUCAAGCUGGGAAACCUUUUUCGUGAGUGAUUGCCCUUUAACAAAUAUAGCAUUAUACAUUCUGUUCAACCUUCGUAAGCAUACCUCUGUUUUUGACAUUGGCCGAAAAAUACUGUUUUUGCCAUAAAAAAGCGAGCUAUAUUUUAAUUAAUUAUUAAAGCUUUGUGGCUAUUCGGUGCGCUCAUCUCUUGGUUAAUUUACGAAACGAAAUUCAUGGGUGAUGAUAAUUUUUUUUUCCUUGUCCAAAAAUUUCUUUUUGAUGCCUUGUCUAGUACUUCUUUAGCGCGACAAUUUCUAAUUUUAAAUAAUUAUUUUUAAUUUGUGCGUUUGGAGGGUUUGAUAGUAAAGUGGAAUUGACUGAAAGUGAUUUCGUUCUUGGGAAAUGUCUUUUGUACAAUUAAAGAAAAUAAUGAUGACGAUGCAAGGAUAAUUACUGUAAAGUAACGAUAUUGUGUAUAUCUAAAAGAUAUUAUAUUCUUUUUUUGUUUGGCAAUGCAAAGGAAAUGUUGUCCCAUUGAUCGCGCCAAACGCCCUGUGCUGGACUUCAAGCGAUUCAAUUGAUAAGAAUUGAAUUAAGAGUUCCUGAAUAUGGUUGGACAACACAAAAAGUUUUUCAUUUGAUGAACUUCAUUGUCAAUGGAGUGCGUGCAGUGAUAUUUGGAUUUCACCACCAAGUUUUUAUCUUACACCCAAAGGUACUAGUUUUGGUUCUAUUGGAUCUUCCAGGACUACUCUUUUUCUCAGCAUAUACACUUCUAGUUCUUUUCUGGGCAGAAAUUUAUCGUCAGGCAAGGAAUUUACCAAUUGAUAAACUCAGGAUAGUUUAUGCUUCUAUCAACAGUGCAGUGUAUUUUAUUGAGAUUUGCAUUUGGAUUUAUCUUUGGAUAGAUUACAUUAGUGCUGUGCAGUACAUCGGAAAUAUAUUUUUUGCUGUUGUGUCAUUAAUGGCUGCAUUGGGCUUCUUGCUUUGUGGAGGAAGAUUGUUUCUCAUGCUGAGGCACUUCCCCAUUGAAUCUAGAGGGAGAAGGAGGAAGCUUCAUGAGGUUGGAUCUGUCACAGCCAUAUGUUUCACCUGCUUUCUGAUCCGAUGCUUUUUGAUAUUUCUUGGUACAUUUGAUUCAAAAGCAUCACUUGAUGUUCCGAAUCACCCAAUUUUGAACUUGAUUUACUACAUGCUAGUUGAGAUCAUGCCUUCAGCUUUAGUCCUUUUCAUCCUGCGCACAUUACCCCCAAAGAGGAUAUCAGUUCGGUAUCAUCUUGUCCAGUAACAACAGUGCUUUUGGGAUUUUUGUUUAGUCUUUGCCAUUGGCCAUGAUUGUGCUGGUUCUCUAGUUGGAUGCUAUUGAAGUUCGGCAGAUUCAGAGAAGCAAUAGUCCACCAGAUAUGUCAACCCCUGGGAAACACAGAAGCUACUUCUUGAGACUGAUAAUUUGGAUUUAUUUUUCUAGGCGCGAGCAGUUAUUAAUCGUUUUUCCCCUUUUUAAAUUUGAGGAAAGAGGGGUUUGUUGAGAGGGUUUAGGAAAUAGAAAAUUUCAUGCAGUUUUAGAUCAUAGGUAGAGGAAGGGGGGGGUACUAUAACCCCUCAAAUUUUCAAUUUUAUCUUUGUAGGUGUUCUACAUUUAUGGUCGCUCAAAAUUUGUGUAUACUUUUUACUUUGCUUACUUUUCAAUCUCAACCCUUUUAUAGUUGAAUUGUAGCCCUAAUUUAUAUGCUGUAAUAAUGUAUACUUAUUUUGAUGUUUGGUGGCUUGUACCUACUAAACAUUUUUUGGAACGAUGACUCCAAAAAGUAUAUAGAUCAAAAGUUGAGUUACUUGAAUAA